ACGGGCGAGCAGGCGCGGCAGCCGCGGGUGCGUUGCCCCUUUAACUGUGUCCCCAGCCCUCGGGCGUCUCUGUCCAACGCCCACGUCAGCAAAUACCUUUUGUUUCCCUCCCGUGCGGGCGGCGGGACCCGGGGCUGCGGCAGCAGCGAGUCCCCUCCGCGACCCCAGCGGCUCCCACCGGUAAGGGCGGCGGGGACGGUGCUCCGGGUGCUCCGCGGGGCGGAGGAUCUGUGGGCACCGAGGGCUCCGCGGGUAGCGGGGUAUCUGCGGGCUCUGGGAGCUCCGCUUUCACCGGCAGCUCCGAUUUCACCGAGGGCUCUGCGGGCACCAGGAGCUCCGCGGGUGCGGGGGCUCCGCGGGCACCGGGGGCUCUGCGGGCACCGGCCCCGUGUUCGCCAUCCCGCCGAGCGGAUCGUUCCCGUGCUGCGCGAGCGCCAUUUGCAGCCCCGGCAACAAAGGGGCGGGCGGCGGCGGCCACGAGCGCUGCGGUCGCGGGGAGGCACCGGGCGGCCGCGGGCACCUCGCCCGGCGCGGCGGGGACGGGAGCGCACGCCCCGCUCCCCGCCCCGCGACCCCGGGACCGGGCGGGCAGUGGCGGGGCGUUGGGUCCCAGCCGCCCUUGAUGCGAUCCAGAUGCCUCCGGGCACGCUCGCCUCGCUUGGGGCUGUUCGGUUGCUCCUCUUGAGUGAUCCCGGGGACGGAUCGGGAACGCGGGCGCGAGUUUCGUGGGUUCGGAAACGGCUCUUCUCUCUGACACGGGGCUCGGCGGCAGCGGUGUGGAUGGUCAUGAUUGCGCUGCCUCUCGCUUUGCAGCAGGUCUCUCACCGUUACUCCCUGCCGGGGAUGGAGAUAUCUUCCCACCAGUUCCACCUCCUGGAGCAGCUGAACGAGCAGCGGAAGCAGGACCUGUUCUGCGACUGCAGCAUCCUGGUGGAGGGCAAGGUCUUCAAGGCGCAUCGCAAUGUGCUCUUCGCCAGCAGCGGCUACUUCAAAAUGCUGCUGUCACAGAGCUCCAAGGAGGCGACCCAGCCCACCACCGCCACCUUCGAGGUCUUCUCUCCAGAGACAUUCAUGGUUAUCCUGGACUUUGUCUAUUCCGGCACGCUGUCCCUCACCGGGCAGAAUGUGAUCGAGGUCAUGUCAGCUGCCAGCUACCUGCAGAUGACUGAUAUCCUUAAUGUCUGUAAAACCUUCAUUAAGUCCUCGCUGGAUAUUAAUGAAAAGGAGAAGGAUCAUUACCUCAGCUUGUCGGACAAAAGUACCAACAAUGAACCUGCCCGUCCAUCUCUGUAUCGGUCAAGAAGGAAAGCAAAGAGCAACCCACGGCGUUCCUACUCGGUCCCAGAUGAAAAGAGUGAAGCGGUGAAUGAGAAUUCCUGGAGUAGCUAUGGCAGCUACCUGUCCUCAGAGGUGAUCCUCCAGCGGGCAGAAGCCCAGCUCUUGAAAAAAGGAAGGAAACAGGGCACGACGAGGAAGCGCCGGAGGCACCUGGGCCUGUCACAAAGCCGGGACUUGGGGCAGUGUAAACCCACCAAAGCGGAGCGGGCUGGCGGGACCGGCAGCACCAUGGAGCUCAGCCACGUUGCUCGUGCCAAGGAGGAGGGGGAACUUGAUGCUGAGAACGAUGCUGAUCAUGAUGAUUACGGAUAUAAUCCCGGAUCGGAAGGGAUACCAAAGAGGUGGUCUGUUACUCAGCUGGAGCAAGAACUUUCAGGAACUUCCGAGUUCAUGGAAUUAAAGGCAGAAGAACUGUACACCUCUAUGCCCACAAUCUUAGGGGUCAUGAGUAGUUGGAAUGAAGCAGACAACCUCUCACGGAUGCGAUUCAAGUGCCCCUUCUGCACACACACGGUGAAGCGCCGAGCAGACCUGAAGCGACACCUUCGCUGUCACACAGGGGAGCGCCCAUACCCAUGUGAGGUGUGCGGGAAGCGCUUCACCCGACUGGAGCAUCUGCGGAACCACUUCCAAACGAUACAUCAGGCUGGCAAACUGAUCUGCAGGAAGUGCAAGCGCCACGUAACUGACCUAACGGGGUGCGUUGUUCAGCAAGGAACACGACGCUACAGACUGUGCCAUAAGUGUCUCACAGAAGCUAACUUAGACAGCAUCCCUGAUGAUUUGGAUGCAGAACAUUCUCCUGUCUCCUCCACGGGAAACAAACAUCCCAAAUGGGCUUCAGAGGAGGAACAGAAAUCAGAGGAAGACACAGUGGAGGAGGAACCAUACAAUUUGGUUGUCCGACACGGUAAUGAUGAUCCAGAUGAGACAGAGGAGAAGGUGAAACCAAAUCUUAGGUAGAUAUAUAUGUGUAUAUGUUACUGUUGUAUUCAAGAUUAAAUUACUUGUGUCCUACCAAGUAAUGCUGGUUUAUUACUUUCAUUGAAAUGAAAUAUUGCUAAAAUUCUACCACAAGAAGCAAAGUGGGGACUACAAACAAGUUGUUUUGUACUUGUAGACAUGCAACAGUGCCACUGCUUCUAAAUACCAUCCAGACAGCACUGACAAUCUGGAAGCUAUUUAGAAGAAUUAUGUUUCAUCUAAGGCUUGCUCAGGGCUCCUGUCCAUAAUGAAAGUGUGAACUCUUUAACAGUUCUACAAGGAUUCUACACUAUAUAACUUUGAAAAAACAAAUACUGAUAAUUUGCUUUGAAAAAGUCUUAGGAAAGUAAGCAGCCAAGAAAUGUAAGACAUUUUUGUUGACACUGUAAUUAAUGUGUAUAUACACUGCAGAAACACCCUAAGAAAGGAGGAAACUAGAACUCUGAAGAACCUCUUUACGAGAGCUUUGUUUUCUGGCUGAGCUCACUGCUUCUUGUAGUUCAAAAAGCAUGGCUAGUUUUAAAGGCUACACCCAGCCGUACAGAGUAAGGUAAUGGAACAGUGUCUGUAGCACACUUGGAUAGCGUGAGUUUGCCUUUUCAGGUUUGCAAUGGUUUUGUACUGUGAAUUUUAAAGAAAGGUGCACUGACAUGGUUGCAAGGAAAUAAAAGUGCAAUCGCUGGAGGUACAGUUGUCAGGUUUUUUCCCUUUUUCUUCAGGACUGGUGCAAAUUUUGCUUAAACUCCUGUCUAUUCUAUGCUAAGAUCAUCAAGAGGACAAGUCCCUUUUGUUUCAGUGGGACAUUUGUGACUUAGAUAAUGAAGCUACUUCAGAAAGCCUUUCUUUCUCCUAUAAAUAUAGGAUGCUCAGUGGCUGCUGGACAGUCAGCAUAAAAACAUUUGUUAGUAUGGACAAUUUCCCUUAGAGAUUAAGCAAACUUUGUAAUUCUGGAGUCUUGUCAGCUUUUUUAGUAGUCAUAUUUUUUCCCCAGUCAUACGGGUCAGAGAAUCUUGCUAGAGAAACUGCAAAUGCUUGGGACUAAACUGAUAAAAAACAAUCUCAGAGAAAACGCGUAGGAGACACUCUACCUGUGAGCAGAGAAUAGCAUUCACAGCAGGUGCUCUUGAUAAAGAGCCACUGUUUGCUCUCAUGUCUCACUUUAUGCUGUGUUUCCUUUCCUGUCAGCACUAUCUGUAGCCUGAGGUCACUGCCCAGCAAGCUGAAACUCCCUGUAGAGGAUUUGAGCACAGACGGAUCAAUUCACAUUGAGGUUCUCCCCAUCUCCCAGAGUUGCCAUUAACUGAUGCCUAGGGAAAAGCGAGAAAGGGCAAGUCUGUAUAAUAAUUCAUAGAAUGGUUUUGAUUGGAGAAAACAUUUAAGAUCACAGAGUCCAACCAUCGAUCCAGCCCUGCUAAGCCCACCGCCAGACCACAUCCCGAUGUACGACAUCUACUGGUCUUAAACCCCUCCAGGGACAGUGACUCCUCCACCUCCCUGGGCGCUUCUGCCAGUGCUCUUUAAUGCCUAUUCCUCAUGCUCUCCCAAACUCCAGGCAUUUUUAGUUUAGGGGAUUUUCUUAACCUAGGAUUGGUGCAUUCAAUGACCACAGUGACCUGUCUUUCCCAAGCCCUUCCCUGCUCUGCCCUUGAACUCCUCUGGGCUCUGUGCACCACUAGAAUCCUUUGGCCAACGCCGCGGAUCCCUGAGCAUCGUCUGAGUUGCUGCCACCUCCGGCGCUCUCUCGGGGCUGCACGCGGACUCACCACAGGAUUUGCUCAGCUGACAGCGAGAAAGGAAGGGUUUGAGGUCUUGGUGUGUCUCAAAUUCACAGUCUCAGUGGCUGCAGGCACAGAGACCAGAGCGGGGCUCCACUAGAGAGUGGCUGCAUGCUGAGGCCCGCCAGCUCCGAAACCUAACGGGGUGAAACAAAGAAAUUUACACUUAAUAGUUUAAUUUAACUCUUAAGGCAGGUACACUUUAUACAGCUCUGGAGAUGACUUUUGUCCUCAGAGUGCUUCUACCCAACAGUGAUUUCAGAGAACUCUGUAUACACUGAAGUGUCUCAUGUUUUUUCCACAAGAUGACAAGCACACCUUAUUCCUGGGACCCCAGCGUAUAUCCGGGGGGCAAAAAUUAAUCCCAUCCAGAGACGUUUAAGCUUGGCCAUGUCCGAGCAGUUAAUUUUAAAGACUCUGAGUGACAAGAAGAUCAGGGUCGUUAUAGUUAGCAGUCAUUAAUCUUGUUUUAACACCUUGCAGUUGACGUUCCAUUCACGAAUCACCAUUUCAGGGGUGACUUUAAUGCCCAUUUUAUAACAAUUACUGAAUAAAUAUCGAAAACCCCACACAACCAACACUUUCUUCCUUUGUUCCGAUCGAUUUUCUAUCAAGUUCCUGUCACGAUUUCCAAAAGCACAGCACUUUGCUGUGUUUCCACAGUAUCUCAAGGCACCUCGGCCCUUCUUGCAGUUAUAUUUCAACCACAUUAAUUCCUUUUCCCCCACUUUGAGGGCCAGGACUGAAGACCGUGCCUCCCUGUGUCCCAUCCUGGUCCAUCACACAUGGGCAGGUGCCAGAGCCCCAGUGCUACCCCUGAGGAGAGUGAGAAAAAACCAAACAAACCAGGAGUGUGAAAAAAAACCCAAACCCAGAGCGUGAAAAUCACUUAUUUUUGUACAAAAACAUACAACAGCAUCAUCACUUACAAAGCAUCUGCUCACCUUAGAGGAGAGCAAAGCACAAAUGCACACAAAAAUCCACAUACAAAUGCAUCCAUCAUGAGUUCAAGCUUUAUUUCAGCAUUGAAGCUUCCUGAAAAAAUAAGAGGGAUUUUAUCCCUCACUUGUCACAAUGAGGAGAUAAAACCAGAUCUAUUUAAGAUGAUUUUAGAAGAAGAUGAAGGUGAGACUUGCCCUCCAGAGUCACAGCCCUCACACCCAAAUAGCCAAGGUGGUAACACACACCAGCUCCCUGGCCGCUUAAACAAAAUGCACUUUUGAUUUGAAGGAAGGGAUAAAGCGUUAUGUUAAGGGAAUUAAUUAGCUUAAGCAAUUUUAAGAAUAAAAUCUUGCCCAGCUUGCAGUUAGAAAGAACAUAACAGGCGUUUAGCCUGUUUAGUAGUUGAAAAAGGGAACAUAUCAAGUAUUGAAAGGAGAGUCCCACAGCAGGAACAGAGGACAGACCUGAGCUGCCAAGAAGACACAAUGAGGAAGGACAUAACAUAAAAAUCAGCAGGGGCUUCUGAAGACACAAAGAAACUGUGAUGUGCAUACAAGAGUGGGUGAUAAACUAUAAGUUGUUCCUGGAAAAACAAUGGACAUGUAACAUGUUUUAGGGACUCUAUAUGACUAUGUAUGUGUAACUAGUAUAAAAGUCAUGUAACCAGUCUCAAUAGUUAACACACUAGGGGGAUUACCCCAUAUGUACCCCAGUGCCAUUUAUUAAAGGAAAAUAUGCUAAAUAAUCAAAUUGGCAUCGAUUAUUGAGUUUGGCUUUUCAUAGCAUCAGACUGCUCUUGAGUAAUUCUCAUUUGGAGAGCUGAAGCCUCUCUGAGAAUUAAUUGAUGAGUUUUGAUGGUUUGUAUGUUUAAUUAUCUUGUCAUAUAAAUCUGUCUUGUAUCAAGAGAUAAUAUGCAGACAAUCUCCAGACAGGGAUAAAUAACCUGAAAGAAUGAACACUCUCUUAGAGUUGCAAGAAUUGAUUGAUAUGCUUAGUUGUCUUAUAAGAUGGAGCUGUUUUAGGUCAGGAGAUAACCUGAACGGAGUCUCCAGACAUGGCCAGAGAACCUAAAAAAAUAAACAUUCUUUAGGGACUUACAUGGUUCUUUGUCUAAAGUUAGUAUAUUUACCUACUGCUUUUGUAAGAUGGGAUGCCAUCCAAAAACAAAAGGGCAUCCAAUUCAGUGCUGAAUCGUAAAAUAAAAA